GUAGUCAUGUCAAAUGAACUUCAAUUGUAUUUCAGAAACCGUUGAUUUUUGGAGGUUAUUCAAACGAAAAGACCGCAAAAGUAUAAGGGUUAUUGUAACAACGUAUUAUUGCUCUAUAUAAAGAGAGCCUCUUCAUUGCGAACAACCCCAUAAAACUAUGUCAUUUCAUACUUGAUUGGGAAAUAGACAAUUUUAACGAAAGGAGAAAUAAACAACUGCCAAUAUGGAAACGAAAUCUGAAAUAUUUCCCCAAAGAUUAAUUAUUGCUGUGUUGUGGAACAUCGGAUUACAGACGUUUCUUGCCAUUGUGUUAGUGUUUGUCAUACAAGUAGACUUGCUGCAUCCUGUGACAUGGGUCACUUCGACUCUGCACGACAUAUUCGGAUGGAAGAUGGCACUUAACAUCGUGCUUCUUGGCUUGGUAUCAUUCUUUCAAGCAUACGUUUAUGGAAGCUACUACAUGCAACCACUGCCAAAGUAUUUCACCAGAUUUUCAAUGUUUUUGAAUAUGUUUUCAGUUCAAAACAUAAUGUUUAGUAUUCUGUAUGCUUUGAGUGGUUAUUUCACAAUGGGAUUGUAUUCUUCAUUAGCGAAAAGCAAUUACAACAUUCUUAAGAAGAAAUGUGACCAUUACGAUGCUCAAUGCCUUGUGGAACAGAGCCUCUUCUUACAGUUUGGAGGCAUGUGGAUGGGGUUGUACUACUUUCUGAAUAUUCACAUCUUUGGAACAACAAUGCUCAUGUUUCCACAUAUUUAUCAGGACAAGUUUCAGCAAAUUAAACUGGCUAUCAACAACAUAUUAUCUAUGGGAUUUAGGAACUCUGUGAUGCCAGUGGUUUAUUACUGCUUAUUCUAUUAUUUAUGGGGUAAUAAGCCCAGGAGUGUUGUUUCUGAGGUUUACAGUUUAUAUUUGGAAGACCCUCCUUUGGACAAUGUAUUUAAUCUGACAAGUUCUGGCAUUUGGAUUGGCCUCUGGUUCUACACUAGCCUGUUUUUCGUGUCUGUUUACACAAUGAGAACUAUCUUCAACAUAAUUCUGACCGAGCCAAUGAAGUUUCCUAUUGAGUCUAAAAAUUGCUUAAUGCUCCAUAAUGCAUUGGCUUUGAGGGCUGAAUUCAAUGGUUACUUGGGAGCACAAGAUUUAAGAAUCAUGUCAAUGACUGAUCCAUCAAGACGGCAAAUCAUUUUUACUCUAUCACAACCUGGAGGUCACCCGAGAAAUUGGAACAACUUAUUGGAACAAUGUCUGAAUAUUAUAAAUGACUUUAGUAAAGAAUUGGAUGCAGUGAAUAGUGAUGGGAAACCUACUGAGGCAGAAAAUCCUAUGCUCAGAAGCAACGGAACCAUGUCACCAAGCACAGCCUUUGAUUAUUCUGGUAAAAUAAGAAACAUGGCACAGUCUCCAAAACUACAUGAAUUUAAAGAUCAUAAUAGAAAUAAAAUAGAGGAUUCCUUGUCUAAUGUGGUGAAGAAUGAAAUAAAUAAUUUAAUUCAGAAGCUUUGCCAGAAACCAGGCUUUAGUUAUUUAUUCGGAGAACUGACUGACACUAAAUUGAAGUAUUUGUUAAUGCAAUCUCAACCUGUGAUGUGGACAUGUGAAGGAUUAGCUUGUAUAGCUGCUGCAUCAUUGAAUGAGGAUAAAUAUGGAGUAGUGCAAAAUGAUUUGCCCAUUGUGAUAUCAACUUUAAUUAAUCUUAAGCAAAACUUAGAUAAGCUGGUUAAACCUGGCCUGGUGCCUAGGAAGCACAUAUUAAAUGAUAACUUGGCUAUUAAGAUGAAGACUGCCUUGAUCUCAUCAGUAAAGAGAAGCAUUUAUAAAAUUGCCAUAACUUUCUCAAAAUACAUUCAUGAAAUACCUUUAGAACCUGAUAUUCAAAUUGCAUUGCAGCCAUUUUUAAUGUGUAAAGAAGCUUGAAAACUAUUUACUUGUGAUACCUUAAUUAAUAAACUUUUUACUUUUAAA